AUGAGGGUUACUAACGAUGUUGGUAUCGGCUACUACACCUUCAUGAACGAGGGUCUGUCAGUCCAAGGUAUGGUCAAGUACAUGGCCCUCACCAAAGGCGGUCGCUUUCUCUCUUGGAUAGCUGCUAUCGCGUAUGCAGUGGGUCGUUGGGUACUCUGGCCGCUGUGGGGUCGUAAACAUAUCACCCCUUCAGUAGAGGGGCGCCCUGGUUCGGUGAGAGUGAGGGAGUUCAACUCUCGAGAGGCUCUGAGACGCUGGGUCCACUCCGAGAAGAGGCACGGGUUCCGGUCCCCUUUGGGAAUGGAUAUCGUACAGCUCGAUGAGAGUCUCGAUGGUUGUGGACCAGCGCGGACUUUCGUUCGAGUCUUCGUCACACAUGCCUCUUCUGAUGGCUUCAGUGUGGUCCCUCUGCUCAGUGACCUCAACGAGGCUUAUGCGGCGGUCCAAAGCGGACGGCUGAGGCGAACUCUAAUGGACAGAGCACGAGAUCUUCAUGGUGACACCCUGUACCCUUGCUAUACCGUAGACCACACUACGGUGCCUCAGCAAGGGUUUGGUCACUGUGUGAAGCUUCUACCUUCUAUUCAUCUGGUACUCCACAGUGUUGGUCGUAGACUAGGAGCCCCUCUGGACGUGGUACUCCUGGCGGCUAUUGUCCUGGCGUCUGUGAGGGAGAGGGGAUGGCGCAGAGUAGCCAAGGCGACUCUUGUGGUACCUCUGAGGGAUGGACCCACUGAACACCAGCUGGUGGGCCUAUUCGCUGAUCUUAGGAAUAUCGACAUACCAUUGGAGGACGUCCCCGAAGACAACGGGCAACCCUGUGCGACCAGCGUCCUCAAUUUGGUCCUAACAUUACGGCACAUUAUCAAGUUCCGUCGAUGGACCAUCCCGACUCCUCUGAGUAGCUGUGAGCGGCUCCUGGUGAACCUCCUACCGGCACAGUUCCCUUCGGAGACGGACACCUCUGGACGGUUCGAGCAGAACUUGAAUAUCAUACCGCUCCCUCAAGGGAGUUCUGUUUCUGCAACGAGGGCGAUGGAUAUUGCUUGCGACCAGACAAGUCGAUAUUCCUGGGCUCUGAGAUUCAAGUGCCGUCAGCCCGACUACACUCGAGAGGACCUCGCCAGCUGGCUGAGGCACUUCCAAGACGCCUUGAGGGACAUGGUCGUCGACCCUAUGCGCCCACUAUACCAUUAG